AUGUCUUCUUUCAACCCUCACGACGUCAACCUCGACGAUGCAGACGCUCGUGACGUCGUCUGCUAUCUCAACGCCAGCAAGAACGACUACGACGGCCACAUAGGCGUUCGCAUCUCAGCUCUCUUCGUUAUCCUCGUCGUGUCAACAGGAGUCACAUUCUUCCCCGUCCUGGCAACAAGGAUACGCCGUCUUCGCAUUCCUCUCUAUGUAUAUCUCUUCGCCAGAUACUUCGGUUCCGGUGUUAUUAUCGCAACAGCAUUCAUCCAUCUCCUAGAUCCUGCCUAUGAUGAGAUUGGACCUGCGAGUUGUGUUGGUAUGACGGGUGGUUGGGCAGAGUAUAGUUGGCCACCUGCGCUGGCCCUGACCUCGGCGAUGAUUAUCUUUCUCAUGGACUUUGCGGCGGAUUAUUAUGUUAGUACGAGAUAUGGAUCGAAUGAAGUCAAUGUUGAGGGAACGAUUACGAGUCUGCCUGGGCAAGAAGAUCCGAUCAAUCAGCCGUCGAGCAAAAAAAGUGACGGAGCAUCUUUUGACGAUAUCGAAGAACUCAAGAACCUGGACAGUGACUCGGAAGAAGCCAUGUCAUCUUUCAAACAACAAAUCGCAGCUUUUCUGAUUCUCGAGUUCGGAGUUUUGUUCCACAGCGUCAUCAUCGGUCUCAAUCUCGGAGUGGUAGGAAAAGAGUUCAGUACCUUGUAUCCGGUCCUGGUUUUUCAUCAAUCCUUUGAAGGUCUUGGUAUCGGUGCUCGGCUUAGCGUUAUACCAUUUCCCCAUCGAUUUCGCUGGAUGCCUUGGGCUCUCUGUCUGGCGUAUGGUCUCACAACACCCAUUGCUAUCGCUAUUGGACUUGGAGUCAGGACAACUUACAACAGUGGUUCAUUCACAGCAAAUGUUGUCUCUGGGGUACUUGACUCUAUUUCCGCAGGCAUCUUGAUCUACACCGGGUUUGUAGAGAUGCUGGCUCGCGAUUUCAUCUUUAAUCCUCAAAGAACGAAUGACAAAAAGAGGCUUGCUUUUAUGCUUGUUUCACUUUAUCUCGGCACAGCGAUUAUGGCAUUGCUUGGAAAGUGGGCUUGA